CUUUGGAAAGGGCACGGAGGAGGUUCAUUAAGAUGCUGGCUGGAUUAGAAGAGCAUGUGCUACUUAGAGAGUGGCUGGCAAUUGCAGGCAUGUGCAUCUUCAUAUUUUUCUACAUUGAUGUGCUCAAGAAGGACAUAAAUAACCAAGUGCUGAUCGAGAUGAAGAACUUCUCCCUUCCUAGCUUCCAGCCAACAGGAAGUGGUUUAAUUAUGAGAGCACAGAAUCCCAUCGCCCAUCUCACUGCCUUCACAGAUUUCCAGAAUUCCUCCAACCUGCUCUUUGAAACUUCCCUCGGACAUGCCUUCCACACACCAACCAUGACGUGGAAUAAGACAGGUUAUCUGGUGAUUCCUACUAGUGGUGUCUACUUCCUCUAUGCCCAGGUAACCUUCAACUGUGCACAGGAUUGCCUCAGCCACGCUCAUCAGUUCUAUGUCUCCAUUUCCAAGAAAACCAAACAUUACCCUGCCCCAGAGAAACUGCUGAAGAGCUAUGCCAGGCCCCAGGCCAAAGCUGAAGAAUUCUUGAAGAUCUCUACCCUUCAGGCUGGCGCUUUCAAACUUGACGCCGAUGAUCACAUUAAUGUUGAAGUUCCCAAAAAUCUAAUUAAGUAUGUUUCCAUCAAUGAAUGUGAAACCUAUUUUGGGGCAUUCCUGCUUCAACAGUCUUACUUGUGAUAAGCCAGCUCUAACUCAUCAUAGAAUUGUUGCAGCAUAGAAAGAGAUCACCCAACCUAUUAAGACAAUGCUCGACUGAUGCAGUAAUCCCAUCAGUUCCAUUUCCAUCCACCCAGUGGUGUCUACUUCCCUUCAAAAUCCCCAAAUGGUUCUGCUUUCACAUUCAUUUCCGACAAUGACUUCCCAAUUUUGUCUACUCUAGCUGCACAAGCCACCUUGUCUCUUUGCCAAAGCCAUCAAAUCAUUGUCCCUGGUCCUUAACCAAUCUGCUGAUAUAAGCUGCUUGCUACCAUCCACCCUAGACCACAUUGCUAUCAGAUCUCUCCAUCUCUGGUGCAGAGUGAAAAGAAAACAAGCUUCUCCUAUCCAGUAGUGGAGUUAAAUUGCCUAUCACCGAACCCUCGCCGGCAUUUUUCCAUCCUUCCUAGACUUUCUGGGGUUUAUGAAUAUGUUGGUAACAUCUACCACAUUCCCACUAUCAUCCCUCUCCAUUACCUCCAAAAUUUGCUUUUAAGAAAUCCUGUGGCCUUUUCCUUAUCAACUCAAAUUGUUCCAAGUAUUUAAGUAUUGCUUCCAGAAGUUUUCCCACAUGGGGUUGAACUGAAAUUGCUGGCAAGUCCUUCUUCCCCUUUUAAAUUAGGCCGUUCAAUCUACCAAAUGUUGAACUCCUCCUGUGGUCAGGGAAGUGGUGCUGGAUGAGAGGUAGUCACCCUGGGGAAGAAUUCAAUAUGUCUUUUAAAUGUAUUCUGUCUGGUUCAACAGACUUUCAGCCAAUGUUUAGCACAACAUUAUGCUACACUAGCACGUUUGGUAUUUUUGAGUUACACUCCAAUGAGUGAUUUAUUGUUUCAUUUUGUC